AUGCAAUUUUUCGUCGCCGCCACGCGAUUCUCAACAACCGUCACCAUUCUCAUCGUGUGUUUGAUCGUUCUUCUGAUUACGGUCCAACCGGCGGAGGCAUUAUCGAGCAAUAUGCAAGGCUCACUUCGGCAGAGUCGCAACUGUUUCUUCUCGCCGAUGGGAUGUAUAUUCAUGCCGAAAAUGUCGCGGAUUCGUAAAAUGUCCAACAACCAAAAAAAAAUCGAGCAAUAUGCAAGGCUCACUUCGGCAGAGUCGCAACUGUUUCUUCUCGCCGAUGGGAUGUAUAUUCAUGCCGAAAAUGUCGCGGAUUCAUCGAGCAAUAUGCAAGGCUCACUUCGGCAGAGUCGCAACUGUUUCUUCUCGCCGAUGGGAUGUAUAUUCAUGCCGAAAAUGUCGCGGAUUCGUAAAAUGUCCAACGAUUACGAUGGAUGA